UUUCUGGUGCAUUUGUUGCUGAAGUGGUGGUUGUAGUUUCUGUAGUGGUUGUUGCUGAAGUGGUGGUUGUAGUUUCUGUAGUGGUUGUUGUUGGUGUAGUUGUUGUUGUUUCUGUAGUGGUUGUUGUUGGUGUAGUUGUUGUUGUUUCUGUAGUGGUUGUUGUUGGUGUAGUUGUUGUUGUUUCUGUAGUGGUUGCUGUUGGAGUGGUUGUUGUAGUUUCUGUAGUGGUUGUUGUUGGUGUUGUGGUUGUAGUUUCUGUAGUGGUUGUUGUUGGUGCAGUUGUUGUUGUUUCUGUAGUGGUUGCUGUUGGAGUGGUUGUUGUAGUUUCUGUAGUGGUUGUUGUUGGUGUAGUUGUUGUUGUUUCUGUAGUGGUUGUUGUUGGUGUUGUGGUUGUAGUUUCUGUAGUGGUUGCUGUUGGUGUUGUGGUUGUAGUUUCUGUAGUGGUUGCUGUUGGUGUUGUGGUUGUAGUUUCUGUAGUGGUUGCUGUUGGUGUUGUUGUUGUAGUUUCUGUAGUGGUUGCUGUUGGUGUUGUGGUUGUAGUUUCUGUAGUGGUUGUUGUUGGAGUGGUUGUUGUAGUUUCUGUAGUGGUUGUUGUUUGA